AAUGUGUAAUGAAACUUGUAGUCUUUCAAAUUAUGAUUCUAAUUGUAAAAAUUCUUGCCAUAAUUGCCAGAUUGGAUGUGAUCCAACAAAUGGUAUUUGUUUAAGGAAUAUUUGUAAAAAGGGAUAUGUGGGAUCGUAUUGUUCUAGAAGUUGCUCCAGUGGAUUUUUUGGUCAAAAUUGUUCAUUGAAAUGUAAUAAAUGUGCUCAUAAUAUUUGUAAUAAAACUAAUGGUAUUUGCUUAAAUGGUUGUCCCGCUGGAUGGCAUGGACCUUUUUGUAAUAGCAUCUGUUCACCUGGAACUUUUGGACAAGGCUGCAAUAAACGCUGCUCACAAAACUGCCUCGAAGAGCCGUGCGACGCAGUGACAGGCAACUGUCCAAAUCUGAGAUGUAGGGCUGGAUAUACAGGGGAUCAAUGCCAAAGCCUUUGUGCAUCCGGUCUUUGGGGAAAUGGUUGUAACAACGUGUGUAGUGACAAUUGUAAAAGCUUACCUUGCCACCACGCAACAGGUGAAUGUCCGGGACAACAUUGCAAACCUGGAUUCAUUGGACCUAAAUGUAAUGAAGCCUGUCCUAGAGGAUUCUAUGGUUUAAAAUGCUUAGAGCGGUGUGGCUUUUGCUCUUCUGGUAGAAAUUCGUGCGAUUCUGUAACUGGAUUCUGUAAACCUUUAAAUUUUGGUUGUGAUGAUGGUUAUUCAGGACCGAGGUGCAAGAAUGUUUGCGCCAAUGGCCUAUGGGGAAGAAAUUGUCAAUUUGCCUGCAGCAAGCGAUGUUUAUUUAAAAUGGCCAAACCAGUUUGCGAUCCUAAGAACGGAUAUUGUUUUAAAUUAUCAUGUGAUGCUGGAUGGCUAGGAUCACGGUGCCAAGAAGAAUGUCCACGGGGAAAAUAUGGUCCAAGUUGUAAAAGGUCUUGUGGAGCAUGUUGGGGAGGAGCGGCUUGCGACAAGGUUACUGGCUUGUGUCCAGUUCGAGAGCAGAGAUGUCUAGCAGGAUUCAUUAGCUCAAAGUGUGAUACCCCUUGUCCUAUUGGAAGCUAUGGAAGAGAUUGCUCUUUAAAGUGUUCAGCAAACUGCAAACGAAAAGACUGCGAUCCGGUUAGUGGAUAUUGCCGAGACGGUCUCUGCAAGUCUGGUUUUAAGGGAAAAAACUGCUCACUAACGUGUGAAAGUGGGGAAUUCGGUGAAAAUUGCCAAAAAAAAUGUGGCUUCUGCUUUCACAACUAUGGAAAUUGUAAUCCUAUCACUGGUUAUUGUCUUAAUGUUAAAUGUUUACCUGGUUAUACUGGAAAAGGUUGUACAGAGUUGUGUCCGGAAGGCACCUAUGGUUUCGACUGUUCGAAUAACUGUAAAAAUUAUCGUCCUACACAUCAUGCAAUGGAUAGUCGUUCUUCAAAGAUAGUUACGAGGUCGUUUAUCAGCUCGAGUAAAUCAGAUAAACCGAAUGAAAAAGGUCGUGAGAAGACUUCAAAAAAAACAGAAACUGGCGUCUAUAAAUGCCAUAAAGGGUUUUUGAAGUAUGUGUCGGGAAAGAAAUGUAAACUAGAAGCGUUGAAAAAUCUAACAAUUAAUCUUCAAUCCAAGAUCAAAGGAAGUAAAGAGAGAGACGUCAAUUACGCAAUGCUAUUUUUAUUAUCAUCAGGCACGCUCAUUGUGGGUAUAAUUUUAGGAGUAUCUUGCGGUUUCUACUGCAGUUAUAGAUAUUCAAAGUCAAAGGAAAACAGUAUAAAUUCUAGCAUCUCAAAACUACUCUAUGAUCGUUCAGAGAAUACUUUACUAUCUCGAAUCCAAAACAAUCAGGCGGCAAAUACCCAAGCGCAUAAACUCAAACACCAAGAGGCAAAAACCAUGGAGAGCUUACAGGUAAUUUCUUUCAAUAAAGCCAUAUUUUACCUUCAAGUCAAUUUUUCCAUUAGAAAAGCAGGGAUCCAAGUAGAAAAAACCAGGACAGAUCUCAACGAUUGUCUACCACCAUUUUUUCAUCAUCUUCCGGUUCCUACAUAG